CCGGAUGCAAACAGACUGAGAACAGAGGGGUUUUCACAUCAGAGACACAGGUCACAUUUGGUGAAAGUUGAGAUUUCUUUUGUCACCUGUAACACUCUAAUUCCUAUAAAUGUUCCGUGGAGAACAUUCUGACUCACCAUCUGGUAUUGGGGUGGAAAGGGGCCAUUGCACAAGAUCAAACUUUGUUGCAGAAACUGAUAAAAUUAGUCUUCUCCAUCAUGGGUACCAGUCUCUGUAGUCUCCAAGACAUCUUCAUGGAGCAGUGCCUUUGGAAAGCAGUGUCCAUCAUUGUGGAUCCUCACCACCCCGAACGUGCCCUCUUCUCGUGAUUACUGUAGGGAAGGAGGUACGGAAGCCUGAAGGCACUCACUCAGUGAUUCAGGAACAGCUGCUUCCCCUAAAUAACAUGAUUCCUUACUGGACAGUGAACCCAUGAACAGUAACUCACUACUUUUUAAUCUCUGUAUUUUUUGCAUUACUUAUUUUACAUUAAUCAUUUAAUAGACAUCUAUGUAAUUACUGUCAGUUUUUCCCCUUACAUCUAUUUAAUGAUUAAUAUCCCAUUAAUGUGGUCACCCAUUUCUUAUCCCUUAGUUCCACCCUUAUAGCUUCAGUAGUCGAGCUCUCCGGCCUGUCCUGUUGGAACACUGCUGUGACAAUUUCCCUGACUAGUAAUGUCACCUCUCCCCCUUUAAUCCCCCUGGUCGGUCGUGUCUGAAACAAUGGAUCCCCACAACAUUGAGCAGCCAGUCCUGAUCCUCCUGCAAUCAAGUCUCAGUAAUGCUACAGUCAUAAUUCCACGUGCUGAUCCAUGCCCUGAGCUCAUCUGCCUCUCCUAUAAUACUGAUUGCAUUGAAAUAUACACAACCCAGAACAUUAGUCCCACCGUGCUCAACCUUCAGUUCCACACCUCCACAGUAGUUUAGCCAAGGGUGAGAUGCCAGAGGACUGGAGGAUAGUUAAUGCUCUAUUGUUCAAGAAAGACUCUAAGAACAAUCCAGGUAAAUUACAGGCUGGUGAGCCUGACAUCAGUAGGAGCUGACAUUGGCUUAACGUGAGAGGACAGAGAGUAGUGGAAGCUGGUUGUCUCUCUACUAGAGGCCUGUGACUCGUGGUGUCCACAGGGAUCAGUGCUGGGCCCGUUGUUUGUCAUCUGUAACAACAAUCUGCAUGAUACUGUGGUAAACUGGAUCAGCAAUGUUGCUGCUGACCAGGAUUGUGUGUGUAAUGGACAGCGAGGAAGCUAUCAAUGCUUGCAGUGGGAUCUGGACCAGCUGAGAAAAGGGGCUGAGAAAGGGCAGAUAGAAGUUAUUGCAGAUGGGGAUGAGAUGUAGAAGUUGGGAGGACAAACCAGGUUAAGACUCACAUCGUGAAUGUUAGGGCUCUGAGGUGUACGGUAGAACCACGGGACCUGGAAAUACAGAUCCACAUUUGCUUGAAAGCAGCGUCACAGGUAGAUAGGUUGUAAAGAGAGCUUCAUAAAUCAGGCAUUGGGUAAGGAGUUGGGAUGUUAUGUUGAAGUUGUAAAAGAUAUUAGUGAUGCUGAUUUCAAAGUUAUGUGUAAAGAUAUCAAUUAUCUUGAAAGAGUGCAUAGAAAAUUUACAAGGAUGUUGCUUGGAAUUGAGGACAUGAGUUACAGGGACAGUUUGAAUCCAUUAGGAAUUUAUUCACUGGUGUGUUUAGUGGGAACGAUGAAAUAUUUAAGAGGAACCUGAGGGGGAACUUCACUCAGAGGGUGGUGUGUGUGGAACGAGCUGCCAACGGAAGUGGUAGAUGUAAAUUCAAUUGUAACAUUUAGGAAAAGUUUGGAUAGGUGGAUGAGAUGAGAGAGGUCUGGAGGGCUGUGGUCUGGGUGCAGAGAGAUGGGAACGAGGCAGAGGAGCAUGGCAUGGACUAGAUGGGCCGAAGUUCUUGUUUCUAUGCUCCAUGACUCUAUGACCAACACCCCCCAUACAAUAAAUAUCAAUGUGCCAUUUGCCUUCCUAACUAUCUACAAGCAUCUUUGCAUCUUCCAUAAAAUUCUCUCUAAAUUCCUUCUCCAUUACAGACUCUGCACACGGUCCACUCCCCGUUACUGACCCAUUGCCAACCUCACCGGGGGUUUAUCCUGUGUCCACUCCUCCUCUAAUGUCUGCUGUCCAUUACAGACAAUCUACACCUUCCACUCCACAAUACUGACCCAUUAUAAACCUGGCGACAGUAAUCCUGUGACUAUUUCCUCUCCAGCACGUGGGUCCAUUCCUGUUCCUCUGCUCAAUACUGACCCAUCACUGUGGUUGUUAGAGGAAGCUCACUGACGGGGAACAAUAGGCUCUUCAUUACAGAGCCUCAGGCUAGAUGAUGUUUGUUUGCUUUGCAUACUUUUUCCAAUCAUACAUCAACUGUUCCACCGCCCCGCGCUGGCUUCAUUGCUUCGAGAAGCCGGUGUGGAAAGUAGUCGUUGACCUGUUGCUGCGUCUGACACCACUCACAGCAGAGAGUGAGGAGGUUGUAGGUGGUCCCAUCUCCCUCCAGUUCACCCAGCAACACCUCAUUGGGAGUCACACAAUGUCACCGGCUGAACUGAGGGUUGUGCUGCUGAUCCUGGGUUUUCUGGUCACAGACUCCACACUCGGUGAUCCGUGUGUAAACCACACCGUCCUGGAUCAGCCCUGGAGGAGCACGGAUUGUUCCAACACUGAGUGUACUGGUGGACAAUGGAUGGAUGAUGGAAAUCUUGAAGUGGGAUGGUACAGAUUUAACAGUUCUGGAGGAUGGAAGAUUCCCGAGACGGUCGUUCCACGAUAUCACUGCUCCGGGGACUACCCAGGCUGGUUAAACGGUCCCCAUCCCAACGUGGGAGAGGGGGAGGUGAGCAGGACCGUCUGCUUUGCUUCUAGUGGAUCCACCUGUCACUGGAGACUUUGGAUCAAUAUGAAGAACUGCUCCGGUUUCUUUGUGUAUCGGCUGUGGCAAACAGCCUGGAGUAACGCUGUGUUCUGUACAGACCCUCUGUCGGACACAACUCAGGAACACCAGGGAUCGGUGACUGGAGAGCCUGCUCCAGGGUUGACCACCAGCUCAGCAGGGUCUGUGAGCUCAGUCACAGACUCCACACUCGGUGAUCCGUGUGGAACCCACACCGUCCUGGAUCAGCCCUGGAGGAGCACGGAUUGUUCCCACACUGAGUGUACUGGUGGACAAUGGAUGGAUGAUGGAAAUCUUGAAGUGGGAUGGUACAGAUUUAACAGGUAA